AUCAUUUGCACACACAAAGAAAUAUCAAUAUCUUCUUUCACCAUGCUUCCAAGGAAGAUGUUGUUCAUUUGUAUACUAAUUUCGUCCUUAAUUUUCACCACGCUUUCUUAUAAUAACAAAUGUCUUCCCCCUCAGCAAACCUUGUUGCUUCAACUCAAGAAUGAGUUGAUCUUCAACUCUUCUUAUUCAACAAAACUGGUGCGAUGGAAUGAAAGUGAUCAUGAGUGUUGCAAGUGGCACGGUGUGGAAUGUGAUGCUUCUGGCUACGUCGUUAGUUUGCAGCUCGACGAUGAGGCCAUUUCCGGUGGAAUUGGGGAUUCGUCGAGUCUCUUCAGAUUUAAAUAUCUGCGGAAGCUUAACCUUGCCUACAAUGAAUUCAACCAUGAUGCCAUUCCAAAAGGUUCCUUCUGAAAUUUCGACCUUGACGAGAUUGGCUAGUCUCGAUAUCUCCAACAAGUCCGGCACUACUCUUAGCCUCGAGCUCCCAAGUUUGAAGUUUCUUGUCCAAAAUUUAACAGGGCUUAGAGAGCUCUAUCUUGAUGAUGUCAAUGUGACUUCCUUGCAUGAAAGGAAAAAUUGGGGUCAUAUUAUAUCAUCACAUUUACCAAAACUCACCUCUUUGAGUUUGGUUGGUUGUAGUCUUGAUGCUCCUUUGCCUAAAUCCUUUUUGCAACUUCACUCCCUUUCGAUUCUUCGACUAGAUCGGAACAAUCUUUCAGCGGUAGCACUUCAUGACUUGUUCACCAAUUUUCCGAGUCUCACCACCUUAACUCUUGGCAAAUGCAAAUUGAAGGGCUCAAUUCCAUCCACCUUUGCUAGCCUAACAAAGCUUAUUCGUGUCGACUUGUCGUAUAACAACUUGAAUGGCUCACUUCCUUCUGCUUUGUUUGAAGGUCUUUCCAAUCUCGUUCAUCUAAAUCUGUUGGGAAAUUCAUUCUCUGGUAACAUACCCCAGUCUAUUUUUGCUCUCCCGUCAUUGUUGGAACUUAGUCUUAGUUACAACAAAUUUAAUGGCACUUUUCAACUCGACGACUUUCAAAGCCUUCCCAAUCUCACGUGGCUUGAUCUAUCCGGCAAUAGCUUGUCAGUAGAUGUUGGCAACGUCGAUUCGAGUUCACAUGGACGCCUCAAAUUAAAAGGUUUAGGCCUAGGUUCGUGUAACUUGUCCAAUUUUCCCGAUUUCGUUAAACAUUUGGAUCUGGAAACAUUGGAUCUCUCAAACAAUAGUAUUGCUGGGGAAAUACCUAGUUGGAUUUGGGGAACAAAACUCUCCCAGUUGUUUCUUGCUAAUAACAAUUUAAGUGGAUCAGUUCCAACCUCCAUCUGCAACGCCACACGACUGUAUAAUCUUGAAUUGUCUCGAAACAAUUUAAGUGGAACGAUUCCAACCUGCCUCUGCAACGCCACACAAUUCGUUUGGCUUAGAUUGUCUGGAAAUAAAUUGAGUGGCAGCUUACCCGCUUGCCUACUUAUAUACAUGAAGGGGAUCGAUCUAAGUCGUAACAACAUCAGCGGAAGCAUACCCCUUUCCCCCUCGAAAGGAUUGCAAAGGGAAGAUCGCAAAGUCCCAAAAUCAUUUGGUAGGUUGAGUAGUCUCGAAUCACUCGACCUCUCUGUAAACCAACUAGCAGGGCCGAUCCCAGAGGAGCUUGGAAGGCUCACAUUUCUUUCGAAAUUGAAUCUCUCCUUCAAUAAGUUUGUUGGGGCUAUCCCAAAAGGGCGGCAAAUGCAAACAUUCUCAUCUGAUUCAUUUGAAGGAAAUUCGGGGCUAUGUGGUUUCCCUCUCAACAUUAGCUGCAAUCAUACUAAUGCACCACCACCGGGAUACGAUGAAGAGGAGAAUGAGAUAGAGUGGGAAUACGUGUGUGCUGCACUUGGAUAUGUUGUGGGAUUCGGAAGCAUUGUGUGGCUACUUUUAUUUUGUCGAAGUUUAUUUGUUCUAUGUAAAAGAAUGAAAUAA